AUGCUGUCAGCACGUCCCGAUUACGGGAUUUGGCACGGCGACUACGAGGGUGCCCUAGGGUAUAUGGGCUGCAUACAUCGGGAGCGUAACGCUCUCCCUAAGAGAGACUGCACUGUUUAUGGAAUGGCAUCGAACGGGUUAACGUUCUCGUUCCUCAAAAUCUCCAACGACUCUAAGUGGUCGGAGCAUGUGGUCUCUGUUCGCGAUGGCCGUUUUGAGGCGCCUCUCUGCUUGCUUGUCAAUAUGGUUCGCUGA